AUGCAGAUUGAUCGAGGUGAGGAUGAAGACUCGAAAAAGUCCCAGGCGUUACGAACUUUCGCGACGAAGGGUCCGUUGCCCAUUUCAAUAGCGAAGCUUUCAGGCUCAUCUCGAGGUAUACCAUCUGAAAGAGACUUCCAUUUCUACAAUAAUUUUCAAGAAUUCAAGGACUCCGUUAAAGAAACGGAUCAGAAGUCGGAAAAUUUGCUAAAAGGGAUCGGGGAAUCGGAGAAUUUGUUUAUGAAGCCAAUAGCAUUUCCGGACGAUAUAGACAUUGAGUUAGAUGAUGACGUGGAGUACGAUUGGCUCACGAAUGUGAAUGACGAUAUUUUCGAGAGGUGUGAUGCGAGUUUGGACGAGUUUAAGAGGUUGCGGAAGAAGGAAGAGGAGAGUGGUGUGAGAAUGAUGAGGGUUGAUGGUGAUGAUGAUAUGGAAAAUGGGUUUCAGAUGGUUCACGGGAAGAAGAAUAAGAAAUUGAUGGUUGAGAGGAAUGUGGAGGAGGGGGAACAGGGAGGGGUUCAAGAAGUGAAGGUGGCGGCAAAAGUGAAGCCGAAAGUUCCGUUUCAUGUUCCAACUAUUCGAAAGCCACAAGAAGAGUAUAAGAUCAUUGUGAACAAUUCAAAUCAGCCGCAUGAGCAUGUUUGGUUGCAGAGGAGUGAGGAUGGGUCUAGGUUCAUACAUCCCCUGGAGAAGCUCUCUGUCCAUGAAUUUGUUGAUAAAAAGGAUAACAUUGCUGAGCCUGUAAAGCCUUCUUCAUUGGAAUCUACACCAUUCAAACUCGUCGAAGAAGUUAAGGAUUUAAAGCAGUUAGCUAUUAAGUUGCGCAAUGUGGACGAAUUUGCGAUUGAUCUGGAACAUAAUCAGUAUCGAUCUUUUCAAGGACUGACAUGCUUGAUGCAAAUAUCUACAAGAACUGAGGAUUUUGUUAUAGAUACUCUGAAACUCCGCAUUCAUAUUGGUCCAUAUUUGAGAGAAGUAUUUAAAGAUCCAACUAAGAAAAAGGUGAUUCAUGGAGCAGAUCGAGAUAUUAUAUGGCUUCAAAAGGACUUUGGCAUAUACGUCUGCAAUAUGUUCGACACCGGACAGGCCUCAAGAGUAUUGAAAAUGGAAAGGAACAGUCUCGAAUAUCUGCUGCAUCAUUUUUGUGGAGUUACAGCAAACAAAGAAUACCAGAAUGCGGAUUGGAGACUUCGCCCCCUGCCCCAUGAGAUGAUCAAAUAUGCCAGAGAAGACACUCAUUAUUUGUUGUACAUCUAUGAUGUGAUGAGGAUGAUGUUGCUCACGUCAUCUGCAGAAUCUGAUAGUUCUGACCCUCCUCUUGUACAGGUGUAUAAACGCAGUUAUGAUAUAUGUAUACAGCUGUACGAAAAAGAGCUUCUGACAGAUAGUUCAUACCUUUACAUUUAUGGGGUGCAGGGUGCUGGCCUAAAUGCUCAGCAGCUAGCAGUUGUUUCUGGACUCUAUGAAUGGAGGGAUGUCGUUGCUCGUGCAGAAGAUGAGAGUACUGGCUAUGUAUUGCCGAAUAGGACUCUUAUUGAAAUUGCUAAACAGAUGCCUCUCACUGCAAGCAAAUUGCGUCGGUUGUUGAAAUCCAAGCUCCCAUAUGUUGAGCGAAAUCUUGGUUCUGUUGUUAGCAUAAUAAGACACUCUAUUCAAAAUGCCCAUGCAUUUGAAGAGGCUGCUAGAUAUCUUCAAGAAAGGCGCUUGGAAACGGCAAUUGAAGAGAACGCUUUGGUUACUGAAGAAUCUGAUGCGUUGCCUCCUGAAGCUCCUGAAAUAAUAAACACCAGCGAAGAAGUUGAAAACACCAAUGGCACUUUACCAAAUGAUAGCAUUUCCAAGAAUACACCAGCGUCUAUGGAAUGUAAGGAUGGGGCACCGAUGAUUGGAAGUUCCAAUGACGGAGUUACCGUAAAUGCUCAGGAAGGUUCUCAUUUGCUUCCAGGGAAACAUGGAGAUGUAAAAAGUAAAACGGAUGGCUGUACUGCUACGAGUCAAAGGGACGUAUCGAGUUUGUCCAAUCCAGCUGAAGCGACUGUUCAGGUGCUAAAGAAGCCAAGCCGAGCUUUUGGGACAUUGCUGGGGAAUUCAGCUAAGAGGAAGUUUGAUCCUGAUAAAAAAGAACAAGAAGAAACUAAACUGGAACAGAUAAAAUCUUCAGUGAAUCUUCCAUUCCAUACAUUCUCAGGCAAGGAACGGUUGCAAUCAGAUGUUAUAGAAUCUGCUAAGCCAUUGGAGGUUCCACAACAGGCGGAAGCUGUUCCUACGCCUACGACUGGCUCAAACUUGGGAGACGUUAUUUUGUUGAGUGAUGAUUCAGAUAUGGAGGAAUCAGGAAAUGGCAACACAGAAGCUCCUCUUAAUGAUCAGCCGCAACAGCAGGAAAACAAUACAACACGUUCCGCUGAGGAAAUUGAGGAGGAAGAUGUGCCCAUGUCUCUCUCUGAUCUGUCCUCCAGCUUCCAGAAGUGCUUUCCAGCAUCAAAUCAAACACAAGAAUCCAAAGCGGCUGGUAAAUCUCAACCAUCGGAUUUCCUGCAGGUGAAACCCUUCGACUUUGAAGCUGCACGAAAGCAGGUAAAAUUUGGGGAAGAUAACAGGAGAGGAAAAACGGAAGCCAACGAUGGAGAUGAUAAGAUUAGGCUUAACAAAGGAGAUAAGAAAAAGAGUUCUGUUAUGUCACAGAAGGAUGAGGAUGGAAAUGAUCUCCCACAGGGAAGAAGACGUCAGGCUUUCCCAGCGUCGGGCAAUCGCAGUGCAACUUUCCGUUGA